AUCGCGCGGCGAUGCGGCCCAGGAAGCCAGGACUGAGCAGGGGUGAUUAAUGCCCGCAAUUACUGUUCUCGGUAUACGAUCCGCUAAUCAAAUUUUUUAACCCCGUGUCAACUCCUCAAGGACCGCGACCCAUGUGCAGUGCUCGCGAGUCGCGGUGCUGACUGUGGCCCGCGAGUCAGUCCAGUCACCACUGGCACUGCCUGACUGGCCGAUGCGCCCAGCAGCGCGUGCGACGUCGAAGCGCGCAUGGCGCAUCUCCUCCGGUCAAUUCCUCUGCUGCCUCGGCCGAAAAUCGCGAUCCGUGCUCAAUCAGAUUCACAUCACGAUUCACGACCUUGCGUUAGAUCUGUCGGCGGAGAUCCGAUGCCUCGUCACCCGUGCUCGCGCAGCUUCCUGUUCCACACGCUCAACGCCGCCCGGCCGUCUCUCUCCGAACCUAGAACAUAAACCUCAUGCUUACACUGCGCUCCAAGCAAGGCCUGAGGCGGCGCGGUAGUGCCAGCAUGGAGAGGACCGGAGCCCACAGCGGUAAGCGCUGGCUACCGGGCCUCCUGGUCCUCGCCGCCACGUCGUGGCUUUUCGUCAUCUACUUCCAUCUCGCGGUGUUCCGCGGCCCGCCGAUCGUCAGCGCGCCACGCGGGCCCCUCGCCGAGGACGCGUCAGGCGGUGGCGGCGGCGGCGGCGACGGGCAGCGGUUCCUGCUCCUCCAUCACGAGGAGCGGCUCAGGAAGGUGAAGGCCCCGCCCGCCACCAGGGGCGACGCGCUCCGGACGGCACGGGACGACGACUGCCAGGGGCGGUACGUGUACAUCCACGACCUCCCUCCGCGGUUCAACGCGGACAUCCUCGCCAACUGCCGCCACUGGUACCCGUGGAUGGACAUGUGCGUGUACCUCGAGAACGGCGGGCUGGGCCGGCCGGUGGACAACGCGGACGGCGUGUUCGCCGACGAGGGGUGGUACGCCACGGACCACUUCGGCCUGGACGUCAUCUUCCACAGUCGGAUGAGGCAGUACGAGUGCCUGACGGGCGACUCCUCCCGCGCCGCCGCCGUCUUCGUGCCCUUCUACGCCGGCUUCGACGUGGUGCAGCACCUGUGGGGCGUCAACUCCACGGCCCGGGAGAAGGACGCGCUGGCGCUCGACCUCGCGGACUGGCUCACGCGGCGGCCCGAGUGGCGCGCCAUGGGCGGCCGCGACCACUUCUUCCUGUCCGGGAGGACGGCGUACGACCACCAGCGGCAGACGGACAGCGACUCCGAGUGGGGGAACAAGCUGCUCCGCCUGCCGGCGGUGCAGAACAUGACGGCGCUCUUCGUCGAGAAGCUCCCCUGGACGAGCUACGACUUCGCCGUGCCGUACCCGACCUACUUCCACCCGGCCAGCGACGCGCAGGUCGCCGAGUGGCAGCGGCGGAUGCGCGCCACGAGGCGCGACUGGCUCUUCUCCUUUGCCGGCGGCGCGCGCGGCGACCCGUACUCCAUCCGGCACCAGCUCAUCGGCCAGUGCGCCUCGUCCAGCUUCUGCAGGCUGGUGCGGUGCGGGAAGAACCAGCGGAACUGCCUCGUCCCGAGCACCUUCAUGCGCGUGUUCCAGGGCACGCGCUUCUGCCUGCAGCCCACGGGCGACACCAUGACGCGCCGGUCGGCGUUCGACGCCAUCAUGGCCGGCUGCGUGCCGGUCUUCUUCCACCCGGACUCGGCGCACACGCAGUACAGGUGGCACCUCCCCGACGCGCACGACACGUACUCGGUGCUCAUCCCGGAGGCGCACGUGCGCGCCGGCAACGUCAGCAUCGAGGAGACGCUCCGCGCGAUCCCGCAGGACGUGGCGGAGCGGAUGACGGAGACCGUCAUCGGGCUCAUACCCAGGCUGGUGUACGCGGACCCGAGGUCCAAGCUGGAGACGCUCAGGGACGCCGUCGACGUGACGGUCGAGGCGGUCAUCGGGAGGGUCAACAAGCUCAGGGAGGAGAUGGGCCGCGGCCAAGGGCACCUGCUGCAAAUGCAAACCUAGUUUUUUCUUCUUCUUCUUCUUCUUCUUCUUCUUCUUCUUCUUCUUCUUCUUCUUCUUCUUCUUCUUCUUCUUCUUCUUCUUCUUCUUCUUCUUCUUCUUCUUCUUCUUCUUCUUCCCCAACCCCAUCCCUUGAAAAAAAAAAGGUAGCACCGAAGAAAGGAAAGAGCGAGAUGGUGGUUUUUGUUGUUCCCGCGAAGCGAAGAUCAUUCGCUUGGCGAAUGAAGUGGAUCAACCUCUUUUUGGCUCGGGCCAAACACUUUUUA